AUGCAUAAAAAACAACGGAAUACUGGCACCGUAGCAUGUGAAGUUAUUAAAGAAGCGUGGGACCAUAAAAAGUCAUCGCUUAAUAAUUUAGCUGAUAUGGGAUUGGCUAACGACCCAAAUAAAGUAAUAAAAAUACCAAAUUUUAAACAAGAGAAGUUCAAACAGGCCAAGGCAAUUGUCAAUAGAGGUGAAAUAGAACAUGUUGAAGAAGAGGUCCCUCAGUUACCUGUGAAAAAAGAAGUUGCGGAAAAAUUAGAAAAGGAAGCUAAAGCACCCAGAGAACGAAGAUUUAUGUUACCAAAAGGGCAAGUGGAGUUUAUAUCUUACCUUUUAGAUAAAUAUGGUCAUGAUUAUAAAGCUAUGGAAAAGGAUAAGAAAAACUACUAUCAAGAAACAUGGAAGCAAUUGCGGGGAAAGAUUAAGACAUUCAUGGGAAUACCAAAACAGUAUGGUGAAUAUCUAAAAGCACGAGGGCUACUUGAUAAAGAAGAAGAUGAGGAAGAAUUAAAAAAGCAAGCUAAAGCUCUUACUUUGGAUGAA